GUCUCAUGACGUCCCACCAUCAACUUGCUUCGCACGGCUCAGCAUCAGGGUCAGGGUCGGUAACACGAUGGAUCCUGAUGGGUCGUAGCGCUGCACAUAGAGGGGGCAACGGGAAGCACAGAUGAGAAUCUCGUUGUUCCUCAGGUCGCACGCUCUCACUUACCGCUCACCUGGAUCAGUUCCUUGAAUAUAAUCUGCGUCUGCUCAGCCUCCGCUAGUCUCUGUCUACAGCGCAUACCCGCUAUUGUUUUACAUACUCUGGCGCAGUGCUGCAGGAGUUUGCCACGCCCCUGUUCAUAUAUGCACCCCAUUAAUCCACCUCAAUUUGGUAUUUGACAGCCGAAGCUGGUUUUCACCGCAACGUCAUUUAUACCGAGCGUCCAACGCUCUUAACUUCCAACGAGUGUCCGUCGCCGCGCGCGGCACUUUGACUGGACAAUGGACUCUGCACACGACCAACCCCCCUUCGCGGCGCCCACGCGCAGGAAAUCAGUGUUUCUGGAAGUUGGACUGGUGGACGAAGAGCAGGUUCGAAGUGAACGCAGCCCGGCACCCAGCAUCGACAAGCACGCGAGACCGAGACAUUUGAGGCCAGCAAGGACGGUGCGGUUUCGGAGCAAAAACGACGUCUUUGAGGAUAAGCGCGCAACUGCGCAAUCCGACGACGACUGGGAAACAGAUACCGAAUCAGACGACGACGAUACAUUCCCUCGGAUACAGCCUCGGCAGAACAUGGUGUCACAGAAGGUCUACCGAUUGGCCUUAUUCGCGCUUGUUCUUGCCUUGAUGUUGCCUAUUCUCCAGAUCAGCUCAAUAUCACCACAAGGAGUUAGAGCAGGAGUCAUUCCACAGACGUCGAUCGAGCCUACAGUCGCACAGCUAGGUGCGAGGCAGGAUUCCGGCUCAAACACACAGGUGUGUAAGCGAUGGGCUGGUCAAUCCGCCGUUGUCAAUGGAACGCUCUACAUGUAUGGGUUCCGAACCAGCAACGAUUCUCAACAGAAGAGCGAUACCUGGACCAACGACUUCCUUUCCCUCGAUUUGACCAAGUCGUGGCAGAUAUCUAGCCCUUCGCUCACGAGCCUCUCGAAGCCGUCAGGCCCACCGGCAGUUUCCCUCGGAUAUCUGUGGAACUCGCACUCCUCCCUCUACCUCUACGGCGGUGAAUUCUCAGACGAUCCCCAGGAACUGCCAACAGCGAACUCGGUCUGGGAAUACAAGAUUGCUAGUAAAGAAUGGGUAGAGCACAAGGACCCCAAGACUUCUUCUGGUGAUCAUGCUGAGAAAGCUGGCCAGUCAGUUCAAAGGGCUGCUGAAGGGUCAGGCUUCAGUGUGCCGAAUCUGGGCCGUGGAUGGUUCUUUGGCGGACACCAAGACUUUCUCACGACUGAGGGCUGGAGCAACCAGGUCGAAAGGAUCUACCUCAAGUCGCUUCUCGAGUUCACGUACCCUGGAUAUUCGAACGAGGCCGUCGAUGAUCUUAAAAAUGGCAAGACGGCUGGCGACGAUGGUGUCUAUCGCAACAUUACCGAGGGUGGUCUGCAGAACUCUGGUUCCUUCCCUGAGCGUGCCGAUGGUGUUCUGGUGUACAUUCCUGGUUUUGGUGCGGAGGGUACCCUCAUUGGCGUGACGGGAGGAGAUAAUGACACACUGGCCCAAAUGAACGUCAUCGACGUCUACGACAUUGCGAACUCGACCUGGUACAAGCAAAACACCGCAGGGGACACGCCCAAAUACCGCGUCAAUCCCUGCGCGGUGGUUGCAGCCGCCGCUGACGGUUCUUCCUACAACGUCUACAUGUACGGCGGGCAGAGCCUACAACCUGCAGGCAACCAAGAGCAAUACGACGACAUGUGGAUCCUCUCCGUCCCGUCCUUCACGUGGAUCGAAGUCAAACCCGACACAUCCAAAUCUUCUGCUCCUCCCGCUCGUGCCGGCCACUCCUGCCACGUGUGGGACUCUCAGAUGAUUGUGCUAGGCGGCUACACGCCCAAAGAAAUCAGUUGCGACUCGCCCGGCAUUUACGCCUUCAACAUGUCCAGUCUCGGCUGGAGCGACCAAUUCACCGCCCUCACCGGCGACAAAGCCCUCAAAGCCUUCAACGGCAACGAAGGCGACGAAGGCAACCCGCUCGCCCAGCAAGCCAACCAGCGCGGCUUCGACCACAAGGCCGGUCUUGAAGGCAGUUACGGGUACUCUGUCCCCAAGCAAGUCCAGGAAAAAAUCGGCGGCGAGGCAACCGGUGGCGCCACGCUCACGGCGCCUGUCCAGACGCCGACAGCGGGACCCUACAAGUCCGGCACGCCGCAGACGUACACUGUCACGGGACCCAACGGCGCCACUAUCACGCAGACAAUCGACUCCGGGAACAGCGCUGCCAACCGUGGCAACAAGAUUGGCGCAAUUGUUGGCGGCGUGCUCGCGGGCGUGUUCUUCCUCGUCGCUGCGUACUUUGCGUUCUGCGCGUGGGUCUACCGCAAACAGGUCGCGAUUUGGAAGCAGCAUGCUGCGGUGGUGACGGCGCGGUCGAACGCAGAGAAGAGCGGUGCGGGCGGAGCGCUGCUCGGCAGCGCAGUAGCUUCCGGGAGCGGAACGGCAAGCGCGAUCCGGACGAGCAAUGAGCGGACGGGGACGUCGUAUACUGGUGCAGCUGGGGUCGCCGGGGGCGGCGUGGAUGCGCUGGGUAGGCGGAGCAGUGUUGCCAGCUCGACAGACGACUUGCUGGAUGGGCAAGAGCCUGCGUUCUGGGGGACGCGGGGUGUGUUGUUGAACCCAAGGCGGAGUUUGAGGGUGAUUAAUCGGGACUAA